ACAAAGACGACUGAACGUGGGAUAGUGGUGCCAAUAUGUUUCCUUCUUCAGUAUGCUAUCCUAUUCACUAGGUGUCUCGUUACGAUCGACUCAAUGAUCGACUUGCCAAAUUAUUUUGUAUCGAGAGGAAGAACAUAUAUAUGGGUGUCACUGACCGCCGUCGUGUCACUGCACAAGACAAGGAAGAGAUUGAGCUAGCACGAGACUGCAACAGACCGAUCGCAGCAGCUGGUUGAGGUUUGGCACGGCUCCAUAGAGCAGAUAGUUCGGACGAACAUCGCAAACGUUAUCUCUGAUCAUGUUUUGUUAAAUUAGUUUAAUAAUAUUUAUGCAGGAACCUACACAAAUGGACUGCUACGGUUUACAUGCCAUGUGAAACUCCGCUCUGCACGUAGCCUUUGUCUCAUGCAGCCAAACUUUGUUGAUUUGCUUUACACCAGUUAACCUGACUUUCUUUCUUGGACCGAGAGUAGCGGUCAUUGUUUUGAGUCAAGAAUGGAUAUCGACGUCAACUUCCAAAUGAACUCAUCUCAUGAUUACGAGGACUACAGUGGUGUGAACUGUUUACCAGCGCAUGAAGCGGUCUUCAUCCCUGUCCUGCUUUACGUGGCUUUGGUGCUGGGACUAUUUGGAAACGGGUUGGUGCUGGUGGUUCUGUGGCUGAAGAGACGCAGCUGGAGUGUGACGGACACCUUUGUGCUUAAUCUCGCCGUGGCUGAUAUUCUGCUGCUGAUCACUCUGCCGUUUUGGGCUGUGAAUGCAGCGAACGGAUGGACAUUUGGCACUGGCCUUUGUAAGACUGUUGCUGCCAUCUUUAAGAUGAACAUCUAUUUUGGGAUGUUAGUGCUAGCCUGCAUCAGUUCACAUCACUUGCUGCUUGUGACGGACACCUAUCAGGUGUACUCUCGCCAGAGGCUCUGGGUGCCACACGCCACCUGUCUAGCCGCAUGGGUGGCCUCUGUUCUCCUCUCCAUCGGGGACUGGUUGAAUCUGAAGUCCUCCAAGGAUCAUGCUUACCUGGAAAGGCACUGGUGUCCCGUGCCUGUGUCCCAGUGUCGUGUGGGCGGUGCUGUCUUCCUGGUGGCGACCGUUGUCCUGGCACUCGGCUACUCCGUGGUCCUCGUCCGGCGGCCCCUGAAGAAGCCCGAGGAGCACAAGAAGCGAAGGGCCCUCCGGUUCAUCCUGGGCCUGACGGGAGCCUUCUUCCUCACUUGGUUGCCCUACAACAUUGCCCUGGUGGUUGACCCCGUGGGAGCUGGGGCCGAAGAGUGCGGCGAGGGCCACCGGACGGCCACAGAGAUGACCCUGAUGGCCACAGCUGCCAUUGGCUGCCUGCAGUGUUUCCUCAAGCCCUUGCUCUACCUCGGCCUGGCCAGUGUGUUCCGCACGCGCGCACUGGAGGUGGCGAGGUGCAUCACCGCCAACUCACAGAGCAAUCACAAGAUUUCAGUGUGGGACUCUGGUGAGGAAGAGGAAGAUGACUCUCCUGCAAAGAUCUCAUUGUCUCAGAGCAAAUGUUAGACCCCAGGACCUUUACACUUUACAAAGGUAGUCGGAGCCCAGUCUACAUGGACACCUAGUGCAUUAUUCAAAAAGGACUAGAGCAAAAUAAAUUAGCAAAGGACUGUCGCUGAAAAUUAGCAUUGAAACAUCAACUUAUAUCCGGGUACGUUAUGCAGCUGCAUUACUUGCAGGUAAUUUUGCCACUUGGGAAAAUAAGGUACUUAUAAACCACUGAGUGUUAAAAUAGGUAGCGUAAAGGUAAUUAGUAGAAAUAUCCUGUCCCAUUAGUUCCUUGUUGCAUGUUUGAGAACAGCCCUCUGGCAGAUGACCUUUUCCGUGUUUAAGCUAUUGUGUAAACAAAUGUAGCACAGCCUGGGAAUGUGAGGAAGUAUGUCAAGUCUGGCACAGUGUUCUGUGUGGUCUGCCACUGCUGUGCUGCUUGUAGUAUGCCCCUGCUGAACUGCGGCUUUUCACCCCAGAUGCCUACGGCAAGCUGAGUGGGAUCAGUUGUCGUUACAAUUGAUGUUAAUGGGUCAGUGGAUACUGUGGUAAAGUUAACGUUGCUGCACAUUGUUUUCUUCUGGACUAUUCUAAGUGGCUGCUGGUGUGAAAUGUUGACGUCCACACUGCACAGCUGGUUUGUCUUGUUUAGCGCUUUAUCUAUAUAAAUAUAAAAUAUAAAUAUAAUAAUCACCACUGAAUGUUACACACUACGCCUCUGUGUCAAAUGAAGUGUUUCUGAUUCUAUCAGUUUAGAAAUUGUUCGAUUAGACAGUAAUCUUUUUAUUUUAUUUUAUAUUUUUUGGCCUUUUUAUGCCUUGAAUGACAGGAAGUGAGUGGGACAGAGAGAGUCGGGGUGGGAUCCGGAAAGGACCACGGGGCGGGAAUCGAACCCGGGUCGCCAGCGUAUGGUGCAGGUGCCCCAGCCAGUGCCGUCACGGCCGGGGCCUCUUGUUAUGUAUUUUAAGAUCUUUGUCCAACACUGUGUUUGUUUAUUGGACAUUUUAAGUCUUAAGUUUGAACUCAAUGACUUUGUAAUUUGAUGCCAGUAUAUUGCAAUACUGGUUUCACUUUCUGAAUGUGGAGAGCUUGUGAAUUUCCUGUUGCUUUCCAUCACAUGCUGCUGACUUGCAGUGUGUGAUCCGUUGGAAACUCCCAGUCAAUCUCACAGAUAGCUGGAAUCUGGAAUUUCCUCUCUCCUUGGACCUGACAUUGCACGCAGGAAAAAUCCCAGCUGGACUUUUUAACCAAAGACAGCUGAGUGAUGUCAAUUAACAGGAGCAGAGUGCCCCCCUCCCCCAGCUCUGUUCUUUGUUCUUGCGGUGUCAUGAUUUAACCUCCAGCGCAGCAGGCGACUCCCCGGAGCCAAGGAGACAGUGUGCAGGGAAGGACUCGGACUUUACUCCCAUUUCCCAAGCAUCCUCUUCUCAGGCCUUGCCAAUAUUCCUCGCUAUAAAUGCUCCCUCUGUGUUUGUUUGGUCACUUGAGCACUGAAGCCCUCUUUGUGUGGAGUUGCCCUGAGAGGGAGAGAAUAGAGGAGGGAGGGAAAGAAUGAGAGGAUGUGUGACUCAUCAGGCACCUGAUCUCUGAGUCUUUCAUCAUGUUGUUGUGGUCAUUCUUGUUACAAAAUAGGUGGUCAGAGACAAUCAGUGUGUUGAAUACUGUGCCAAGGGCUGGCUCAAAGCCAGUUUGUUCACACAAAGCUAGAGAGUGAGCUAAAGAGUAGGUGGCUUUACCCUCAAGCUACACUGAAGCUAUACAUUUUAUUUUUAAAGCAGCUUUUGUACACCAUAUAUUUAGAGGUCAUUGACUACUUGUGGAUGUCUGAUAUGAGGGUGUCCGAUACUGUAACGUGUACUGUAUAGGAAUUUAGAAAAUUUUUGGAACCAUUGUGGGCGUAUACUUUUUACCCAUUUGUUUUCCUAUACCUCAUAUCUGUCAAUCAUACCUAAUACUGUUACAGUCUCACAUGAGCAUAUGAUUGUAUUCAAAGGCUUACAAUAUCACAAUAAAGUACUUUAUUUGUACUGUA